AUGCAGAAUCGUUUUUCAUUAUUAGAAGAAGAAGAUAAAAACCAAUGCACUGUCGCUGGUAUUCGAGACGUGACCCUUGGUAGAGUUAAAGAUGGAAAUCCUGUUGAUUACUCAAUAAUGUUUUCUUCGCAAAAUCAUGGUUUCAAAAAGGAAAAAGUUCGAGACGGACUAUACAAAGUGGAUGUGUUGGGAGGUGUGAUUCAAGAUGGGACUAAUCAUGAAUACAGAAAAUUUGGCAAAGAGUUGGCGGACUACUUGAUUGAAAAUGAGAAAACGGCAGUGCUUAUCUCAAGUUAUGAAAUGGGACACUACCUACUCGAUGAAUCAGAUAUUUGUGAGUCAUCAACCAGUUUUGUUCUGGAUAACAAGGAGUAUUUUAUUACUGUAAUUGAGAAUUCUCAUCUCAAAGAAUACAUUCCCGAUAUUCUGGAGUCUGAGGAGUUUGUGUAUGGUUUGAAUGUCUGGUUGUGUCUAUUUGAUAAUAAACCAGUGGUAGCUGACAUCGAAACAGUGGAGGAGGAAAUGACAAAGUUGAUACGAAACCUCUGCGAGCUGUAUAAUUGGAAGAUGAACAUUGAGAUGCUCGCUGGAUCAUCAGAUGAAUGUGAAGUGUUAUGGUUUGAACCACAGACUACUAGUGAACCAGAAAAGUUGGAAAUGAAUUCUCAAGAACCGACAGUACUCACAUUCACUCCGAAACAAUACUCUAUGAAGACUAACGGAGUCUUGAUACCCACUCCAUUGUUGUCUGCUUGCAAUCCCCAUCCCAAAACACUCGCUUUCAUUCCAUCACCACUCCAUUUCAUUCCAGUAUCCACAUUCAAUCCGGCUCCGACGUUCACUGGUCCCAAGUUCUGCUCAGCCCACACUGCUUUUCCCUCGAACCCGGCCUUCACUCCGUCAAGAGAUAACCCAAUGUUUCCACCGACUCUUGCUGCAGAAAUACUUCCUUCAUUGUCAUUUGUCCAUUCGACUGCAGAUGCUCUCGCUUUGAAUUGA